AUGGCCAUCUUGAGAUUUCUAUCAAACCUUUUAGCCCUUGCAGCCUUUUUGACUUGCAUUAUAAUCAAUGCUGAGGAAUUUAAAAUUGGCUCUCUGCAAGACUUUCAAGCUGUUGAACAUUUGGCACCGAUAGAAACGGUCGGAUCGAAAUUCUUUAAUUCAGAAACUGGAGAGCAGUUCUUCAUUAAGGGUAUCGCAUAUCAACCGACCGAUCCGGACGCUAUAAUAAAACAAGAUUCAAAAUAUCUAGACCCUUUGGCAGAUUCAACAAUGUGUACAAGGGAUAUUCCACGUCUUAUGGAACUCGGAAUCAAUACCAUCAGAGUUUAUUCCAUCAAUCCAGAACUGUCGCAUGAUUUCUGCAUGGAAAAAUUGGUUAACAGUGGAAUUUAUGUGCUCAUUGAUUUAUCGGAACCCGACUUGUCAAUCUCAAGAGGCCAACCUAAUUGGAAUGUGGAAACUUUCGAGAGAUACAAAAAAGUCGUUGAUUGCAUGCAAGGCUAUUCUAAUGUGUUGGGUUUUUUUGCGGGAAAUGAGGUUACUAACGACAUAACUAAUACUGACGCAUCCCCGUUCGUGAAGGCUUCGAUCAGGGAUAUAAAAGAACAUAUAAGAAACCAAGGAUAUCGCCAGAUUCCGGUUGGAUAUUCUACUAACGAUGACAUUGAUACACGACAAAAUUUAGCAGAUUACUUUGUGUGCGGUGAGUCGUCAGUAGAUUUCUACGGAAUUAAUAUGUACGAGUGGUGCGGUUAUUCAUCAUACGGUUCAAGUGGUUACCAAGAGAGAACUGCUGAGUUCAAGGAUUAUCCGGUCCCCAUAUUUUUCUCCGAAUUUGGAUGCAAUCUAGUCAAACCUCGUCCCUUUACCGAAAUCGAAGCGCUUUACGGGAAACAUAUGUCCAAAGUAUGGUCAGGCGGUCUAGUGUACAUGUACUUUGAAGAAGAAAACGACUACGGUGUUGUGAGAAUAAUUUCUGAUACUGAAGUUGAAAAGCUAGAAGACUUUGACUAUUUACAGCAGGAAUUUAAAUUAGUCAAUCCAAAAGGCAUCAGGAAAGAAGAUUACGCAAAGAGUGUUUCGAAACAUGACGAAAUACACUGUCCUAAUCUCAACGAUAAAUGGAAAGCUGCUAAAGAGCUACCACCAACUCCUGAUAAGUCGAAAUGUUCUUGUUUAGAUGAGACCCUCCCGUGUCUUGCGCAAAAAUUGGAAAGUUCCGAAAAAUACAAGGAAUACUUUGAUUAUGUUUGCGGGAAAGUGGAUUGUUCAGAUAUUAUGGCAGACGGACAAAAUGGUAGAUAUGGAGAGUUCGCUGAUUGCAGUACAAGCCAAAAAUUGGCGCUUCAAAUAAGCAAAAUGUUUUGGCAAAAUGGCGGUAAAGGAAGAACGUGCCCAAUUUCGGAUAAUUCCAUUAAUUUCAACAUAGGAGCGUCGCUGCAAGGCAAGUCGGAAUGCAGGGCGCUUGUUCAAAACGUGGAAAACAGAUUUAAAAAACAUCUGUCUGACAAAAACCACGAUAAGGGAAAGACCUCCGGCGCUGAAAGGUCAGCACCUUACCAGUCCAGUAUUUUUUGGCCUGUGACAGUCUUCAUUUUAACGUUCAUAACAACAUUAUUUCUAUAG